GACCCCAGCUGAGAUUUAGCCUGGUGCUGUGUCAGCCCUGGGCUCCCAGGGGCUUCCCAGUGGUCCCUAGGCACCCUCAACACGGCCAGGGCAUCUCCCUCGUCCAGCGAGGGCAGGGACGGGCCACAGGCCAAGGGCAGCGGUCAGGCCUGCUCUGCUGUGAGCACCGCCGGCUUGGCCUCGGCCGAUGGGCCCUCACUCCUGAAGCGGGCAGGAAGCCAGCUCCGGGAUGGAUUUCGGGUCCUUGGAGACCGUGGUGGCCAACUCUGCCUUCAUCGCUGCCCGAGGCAGCUUUGACGGCAGCAGCUCCCAACCCUCCCGGGACAAGAAGUACCUGGCCAAGCUCAAGCUGCCCCCGCUGUCCAAGUGUGAGUACCUCCGUGACAGCCUCAGCCUGGAAUUUGAGAGCGUGUGCUUGGAGCAGCCCAUCGGCAAGAAGCUCUUUCAGCAGUUCCUGCAAUCAGCAGAGCAGCACGUGCCAGCCCUGGAGCUGUGGAAAGACAUCGAGGACUAUGACACAGCAGACAACGACCUCCAGCCACAGAAGGCCCAGACCAUCCUGGCCCAGUACCUGGACCCCCAGGCCAAACUCUUCUGCAGCUUCCUGGAUGAGGGAAUGGUGGUGAAGUUUAAGGAGGGGCCCAUGGAGAGCCAGGACGGGCUCUUCCAGCCCCUGCUGCAGGCCACCCUGGCACACCUGGGCCAAGCCCCCUUCCAGGAGUACCUGGGCAGCCUGUACUUCCUGAGGUUCCUGCAGUGGAAGUGGCUGGAAGCCCAGCCCAUGGGGGAGGACUGGUUCCUGGACUUCAGGGUGCUGGGGAAAGGGGGUUUUGGGGAGGUGUCGGCCUGCCAGAUGAAGGCGACCGGCAAGCUGUAUGCCUGCAAGAAGCUGAACAAGAAGCGACUGAAGAAGAGGAAGGGCUACCAGGGUGCUAUGGUGGAGAAGAAGAUUCUAAUGAAAGUGCACAGCAGGUUCAUUGUGUCUCUGGCCUAUGCGUUUGAAACCAAAGCUGACCUCUGUCUGGUGAUGACCAUCAUGAAUGGAGGCGACAUCAGAGCCAUGGUGGCCCGAGGCCUGCCCUCGAGGGAAAGCCUUGCACCCAUCACCGUCCCCUUCUCGCUGUCGAGAGGAGGUGGUGCUGCCUCCACAAAGUCCUGGCCCCGGAUCCAUCACCGAGGCAGGCCCCAGGCCCGUGUGGGAGAUCAGAUCACAGGCUCGCUUGGCAAUGUCCGGAUCUCUGACCUUGGGCUGGCCGUGGAGCUUCUGGAUGGGCAGAGCAAGACCAAGGGCUAUGCAGGGACCCCAGGUUUCAUGGCCCCCGAGCUCCUGCAGGGCGAGGAGUAUGACUUCUCCGUGGACUACUUUGCCCUGGGGGUCACCCUGUAUGAGAUGAUUGCGGCCAGAGGACCCUUCCGAGCCCGUGGAGAGAAGGUGGAGAACAAGGAACUGAAGCAGCGGAUCGUCUCAGAGCCUGUGAAGUACCCGGACAAGUUCAGCCAGGCCAGCAAGGACUUCUGCGAGGCGCUGCUGGAGAAGGACCCGGAGAAGCGCCUGGGGUUCAGAGACGAGACCUGCGACAAGCUCCGCACCCACUUCCUCUUCAAAGACCUUAACUGGAGGCAGCUGGAGGCCGGGAUGCUGAUACCCCCUUUCAUCCCAGACUCCAAAACUGUCUACGCGAAGGAUAUUCAGGACGUGGGUGCCUUUUCCACCGUCAAAGGUGUGGCCUUUGACAAAACAGACACAGAAUUCUUUCAGGAAUUCGCCACGGGCAACUGCCCCAUCCCCUGGCAGGAGGAGAUGAUCGAGACGGGCGUCUUCGGCGAGCUGAACGUGUGGCGCUCGGACGGCCAGAUGCCAGAUGACAUGAAGGGCAUCUCCGGGGGCUCUGGCUCCUCGUCCAAGUCAGGAAUGUGUCUGGUUUCCUAGGUGACGCCCCAGAGUCCACGUGGAGGAAAAGGACCCACAGGGCUCGGUGGGGGCCGCCUGCCUCCGUGGUGCCAGCCUGGGGUCCGCCAGCAAGGGGACACGCGGUUCCCUCCACCCAGGUCCCCAUCACGCCGUCUCCUUGCCGCCCAAGGAGAAGAAAGCCUGUGUCGGCCUGAGCCGCCAGACGCACACCUGGUGCCGUGAGCCCCCGACCGCAUAGUUCGCUCCUUUCGCUCCAUUUCACUGAGAAGACAUAAGAUACUCUCCAGAGGGAGUAAGCCAAAAAUCUACAAACUCU